AUGGAAGCGUUUUAUACGAACAGGUGGAAGGCCGACUCAGCUAUAACUCUCCACGAGACAUCCGAUUCCCAAUGUCGAGCUGAGCAGGCGGGGGGGUAUAUGUACACGUUUCCGGGAUUAAAGAUCAAGCAAGCAAUAAUUCUUGAGACAAGGAGUCAGAGUUGCGCCGACCAAGCUUCGACCCAGAACCGGGGCAGAGGUUCACGUGUGACAGGCCCGGUUCCCCGUGCUUGGUCUUCCAAGCACACCGAAAUUGCGGGAAUCAAGCACGAAAAUAGACCCGACUAUAGGCCCCCUCAAGGACUCAUGCCGCCGUUAUUCCCGCCUGACGUUGGUGUCGCAUCGCUGGCUUGGGCGGCCGACCGCGGAGCUGGCCGUUGGAUGGAUGACUCAGGUGAAUCCUGGUUCAGCCAUGUCUCAAAAGACGCGCGUCGGGAGUGCCCAGUAGUAAUACCAUCGCCUAGCUAUCAUGUCGGAACUGAGGAUGCUUUGGUUAAUCUCCCAUGUUUCGGGGAGCUGGGAGAACACCGAGUUAGCGAGGAGUUCCCACAACCGGGCCCCGACGGUUAUGGGCUUAAGAAAGGCAAGAUCAAGCACCACCCAUCCAAGCCAACCCUUACGUUCGGAGUUGGAAGAGCUAUAUACCUCUGGACGUUUCACUUAGUCUCCUUUUCUCAAUGUGGCGAAUUUCUCGUAAUACACGACAGCAAGAAGGGGCGACCCGAAACCCUACGAGUUCCUCCAAAUUUCGAUGCAGCCGCAAGUCAAAUCAAACGAAGGAGAACCCCAGAGCUUUGUCAGCCAGCAAGGAAGACCAAGCCACUACAGUCAGUUGAAUGCAGCGACGAAGCAACUGAGACCGGUUUGAGUCACCAUCUGCCCUCUAUGGAUGGCUCAAGGGCUAUGGUCAAGUCUACAAAGACUAUCGUUCGCAAAAACGUCAACCCAUAUUCCCAAGUCGAGAUAAUCCAGAUGAAUAGCUCUAGCAACGAGCAGGUGACACCAAUUUCACAGGUUCCGACAUACAUCCGGGCAACGAAUUUCUCGGUCACUGUUCAUACUACAGUCAAUAAUGGUCAGGCGAUCUGCCAGUAG